GUGGGAGGAUGCAGCGACGUGUGAGCUCUUAAAGAUAGCCUGGUGCCAUUUAUAUAGAGCAGGGCACGGGCUGACUGACAGGGUGACGUGCUGCAGCGUGUAGAGCACAGCGCACGCCCUCGAUCCACUACAGCGCCGGUCACGCCCACAGCACACACACACUCACACACACACACACACACCACCGGGGCCCCAGAAGUCGAACCAUACUUCUCUUUCUUCCUCCUUGGGCGGUUUUCUGUUCCUCUACGUCUCGCCCGUCCACUGUUUUCUUUUUCUUUUGGUGUGUUCGGUGAAGACGGACAGGGGAUGGCGGAGCUGGAGGGCCUCGAGUUCGGGAAGUCGGACUUUGUGCUGCUGGAUGAGGUGACGAUGGAGCAGUUCAUGGAGAACCUGAAGCUGAGGUUUGAGAAGGGCCGCAUCUACACUUACAUUGGAGAGGUAGUCGUCUCCGUUAACCCGUACAGACGGAUGGAGAUUUACGGCAAAGACACCAUUGAUGCGUACCGGGGCCGGGAGCUGUACGAAAACCCUCCUCACCUGUACGCAGUGUCUGAUGCCGCCUACAAGGCCAUGAAGAGACGGGCCAAAGACACCUGCAUUGUCAUAUCAGGCGAAAGUGGGGCAGGAAAAACAGAAGCCAGUAAAUACAUCAUGCAGUACAUUGCAGCCAUCACAAACCCGAGCCAGAGGGCGGAGGUCGAGAGCGUGAAGAACGUGCUGCUCAAAUCCAACUGUGUGCUGGAGGCCUUCGGCAACGCCAAGACGAACCGCAACGACAAUUCCAGCCGCUUCGGCAAGUACAUGGACAUCAACUUCAACUUCAACGGGGAACCGACCGGAGGGCACAUCAACAACUACCUGCUGGAGAAGUCCAGGGUGGUGCAGCAGCAGAACGGGGAGAGGAACUUCCACUCCUUCUACCAGUUGUUGCGUGGAGGCUCAGAUGAGCUGCUGCAGUCGUUACAUUUACAGAACGAUCCUGCUGCUUUUAUUUAUACCAAAGAGGGAGCUGCAACUGCUACCUCCAACAACGACCGCGCAAGCCACAAAGCAGUGAUGAGUGCCCUGGAAGUGAUCGGCUUCUCAGCAGAGGAGAUUAACUCAAUUUAUCAGAUCCUGGCUUCCAUUCUUCUGCUGGGAAACCUCCAGUUUGAGAGCGAUGGCGAGAGCGUCCAGAUCCUGGGCCUCGAAGCCGUGGGACACGUCUCUGAGCUGACGGCCACGGAGGCGGACAGCGUCCGCAAGAGCCUGCUGUUCCGCACCGUGGCCACCGGGGGCGGCGAGGUCAUCGAGAAGGGCCACACGGAGCAGGACACCUGCUGUGGAAGGGAUGCUUUCGUCAAGGCUCUGUAUGAGAGGCUCUUCGGCUGGAUUGUGAGCCGCAUCAACAGCGUUAUCGAAGUCAAGGACUACGACCCGGUGCUCCACGGGAAGAACACAGUGAUCGGCGUGCUGGACAUCUACGGCUUCGAGAUCUUUGACAACAACAGUUUUGAACAGUUCUGCAUCAACUACUGCAACGAGAAGCUGCAGCAGCUCUUCAUCGAGCUGAUCCUCAGGCAGGAGCAGGGCGAAUACCAGCGAGAGGGCAUCACCUGGCAGCACAUCGACUACUUCAACAACCAGAUCAUCGUGGACCUGGUGGAGCAGCCCCACAAGGGCAUCAUCUCCAUUCUGGACGAAGCUUGCCUCACCGUGGGAAAAGUCACCGACACGGUCUGCCUGGAGAGCAUGGACACCAAGCUGGCACAGCACCCCCACUACACCUCCCGCAAGGUGAGUCUCAUCGACAAAAGCCUGGACUUUAAGAAACACUUCCGCAUCCGCCACUACGCUGGAGACGUCACGUAUUCCGUCGAGGGCUUUUUGGAAAAGAACAAGGACCUGCUUUUCCAAGAUUUCAAGCGUCUCAUGUACAACAGUGCCAACCCAGUCCUGAAGGAGAUGUGGCCAGAUGGUCAGCUGAGCAUCACAGAGGUCACCAAGCGACCUCUGACCGCGGCCACCCUCUUCAAGAACUCCAUCGUGGCUUUGGUGGAUAAACUGGGAUGCAAGGAGCCGUACUACGUGCGGUGCAUCAAGCCCAACGAGAUGAAGUCCCCGGUGCUGUUCGACGACGCUCGCUGCCAGCAUCAGGUGGCCUACCUGGGCCUGAUGGAGAACGUCAUGGUGCGCAGAGCGGGCUUCGCCUACAGGCAGCACUAUGCUCGCGUCCUGCAGCGGUAUAAGAUGACGUGUGAGUACACCUGGCCGAACCACCUGAUGGAUUCGGACAGGGAGGCGGUGGAGGCCAUCGUCACCCAGCACGGUUUCCAGGACGACGUGGCGUACGGCCUCACCAAGCUGUUUGUCCGAACGCCGCGGUCGCUCUUCACUCUGGAGCAGGAGAGAGCCGCCCUCAUCCCCAUCCUGGUGCUCUUCCUGCAGAAGAUUUGGCGUGGGGCUUUGGCUCGAACGAGGUGCCGGCGGAUGAAGGCCAUCUACGCCAUCAUGAGCUGCUACAAGCGCUACAAGGUGAAGGCCCACUUUUGGGAAGUGGAGAGGAGGUUUGCCAAUGUGCGAACCACGGCCGACUACGGAAAGAGCGUUGAGUGGCCGACCCCGCCCGCGGCGCUGUCCCAGUUCCACAACAACACGGUCAUGCUGCAUCGCAGGUGGUGGGCGAGGCAGAUCGUGAAGAACAUCCCUCCGUCCGACAUGCUGGAGGUUCGGGCCAAGGUGGCGGCUCUGACGGCUCUGAGUGGAGAGAGGAAGGACUGGGGAGUCGGCCGAGCCUGGCAAUGGGACUACUUAGCCGACGCGAGGGAUUCCCCUCAGACCAGCUCCGGCUUCGCCCGUGUUUCCAAGGAGCUGAGGAACAAAGACGAUCACAGUCGGGUCCUCUUCUCUGGCUUCUGUAGGAAGGUGAAUAGAUUCAACAAAAGCACCGACCGAUCUCUGCUCAUCACAGACAAGUACGUCUACAAGUUGGAGCCAAAGAAGCAGUUCAAGGUUUUGAAGAGGCUUCCCUUGGAUGCAUUGACGGGGCUGAGCGUGACCGACGGGGUGGACCAGAUGGUGGCGCUCCACACGUCCUCCCAGGACGACGUCCUGCUGUGUCUGCAGCGCGGGGAUCUGGGCGCCAACCAGGACCGAGUGGGCGAGCUGGUGGGCACGUUGGUGGACCACUUCACGCGGAUAAGAAGAGUCCAGUUGCCGGUAAAGGUUUGUCCUUCAGCCCUGCAGCUUCACAUGCGGGGAAAACCAAAGAGCGUCACCGUAGAAACCAAACCGGGCCAGACCAGCGCGGACUUCAAGAAGCGCCCAGAUGGUUUCGUCCUGCUGGUCCCCGCUAACUAGCGGCUCGACCUCAGGACCUCGCCUACACUCGUGAUAAGCAACCGCUAUCCAGCAAAGAUUGUUUGAAUAUUUGAAACGUCAGACCAGAGACCAGAGUCCGUUUUCUUAAUCCGCAGCUCCAGGAAAUUCACCAUUCAUUCCAAAAGUGUGAAUAGAGAAAUUGUGUUGCUGUACAGACUCAGGAGGAAGCUGUUUUUAAUGUUGCAUAAGAUAUUUGAAGGACUUUUUUAGAACAAAAUGUAACAAAAAACUGUGCCGGCUGGCCCAUAAAGGGUCAUGGCGCGCGAGCCACGGAAAAAAAGGUUUAUACUUUUUUAUUGUUCUUAUUUUUACAAAGAGUCAAUAUUUGUGUAUUUGUGUUUUUGAGACAUGGAAUAUGUUAUACUUGUAAAAUAAGACAUCUGCAAAAUAUUUGCUUUUCCUCAAGUCCUCUCCGCCUGUCUGAAUGUCUCAAAUGGGCUCGGGCCAAAAGAGGUGGGUCUAAGAAGCAGUUUAGCCAAUCACUGAUUAAAGAUAAAUGAGUGACAUAUCA